UUCUUCCCACAUCUCAACUGCAAUCCCCUCUCCUCCUCCAGUCCUCCAGCGAAUCCACCCCACCGUCGGCAUCCAUGGCGCCCAAGGCCGAGAAGAAGCCGGCGGCGAAGAAGCCGGUGGAGGAGGAGCCCGCGGCGGAGAAGGCCGAGAAGACGACCGCCGGGAAGAAGCCCAAGGCCGAGAAGCGGCUGCCGGCGGGCAAGUCGGCGGCCAAGGAGGGCGGCAAGGCCAAGAAGAAGGCCAAGAAGAGCGUGGAGACGUACAAGAUCUACAUCUUCAAGGUGCUGAAGCAGGUGCACCCCGACAUCGGCAUCUCCUCCAAGGCCAUGUCCAUCAUGAACUCCUUCAUCAACGACAUCUUCGAGAAGCUCGCCGGCGAGGCCGCCAAGCUCGCCCGCUACAACAAGAAGCCCACCAUCACUUCCCGGGAGAUCCAGACCUCCGUCCGCCUCGUCCUCCCCGGCGAGCUCGCCAAGCACGCCGUCUCCGAGGGCACCAAGGCCGUCACCAAGUUCACCUCUUCCUAGUCUGUUCCUGCUCCUGUGUUCCGUAGUCUUAGGUGCCCCGUCUGUGUGUGUUUGUGGCCGUGCUAUCGUGCAAGAAUCGCAUCGCCAUGUUUCUGGAUCUCGAGAAAUAGUAACGGUGCUUGCCUCA